AUGCUGACAAUAUCAUUGAUAUGGGGAGCGGUUGUGGCUCUGUGCUGUUUUCUCUGGCUUAUUGUUGGCAUAAGAAGACGGCGGCCAGGUGAACCACCCUUAGAAAAUGGGCUCAUUCCCUAUAUGGGAUGCGCCUUGCAGUUUGGGGCUAACCCUCUCGAGUUUCUCAGAUCAAGGCAAAAGAAAUUGGGUGACAUCUUCACCUGCAAGAUAGCUGGACAAUACAUUCAUUUUGUCACUUGCCCUUUUGCAUAUAACUCAAUGAUGCGGCAGGGGCGACAGUUCGACUGGAUGAAAUUUCACUUCUCAACAUCAUCCAAGGUUUUUGGGCACAGAAGUAUGGACCCUAUAGAUGGCAACACAUCGGAAAAUGUGCAUGAAAUAUUAGCAAAAUCCUUGCAGGGUGGUGCCCUGGAUUCUCUUAUUUCAUCUAUGAUGGAGAAUCUUCAACUCACCCUAUUGCAUAACAGUGCAUCUAAAGAAAACAACAAUGACUGGAUAACUGGCGGCCUCUAUGCCUUCUGUAACCGUGUAAUGUUUGAAGCCGGGUACUUCACUAUUUUUGGCAAAAAAAUGAAUGCAAAGGAGAACCUCGCUAGACAUGAAGCAGAGAGAACUUUGAUUCUUAACGCUUUUGAAAACUUCAAAGAGUUUGACAAAAUUUUUCCUGCCCUCGUAGCAGGCCUGCCAAUUCAUGUAUUUAAAACUGCACACAGUGCCAGAGAGAAUCUGGCCAAAGAGUUCUCUGCAGAGAAAGUCAAGCAAAGAAACAAUAUCUCCGACCUCGUCCUCUACAGGAUGUUGAUGAAUGAUACUACUACCCUGAAUGACUCAGAAAAGGCAAAGACCCUCGUGGCAAUACUCUGGGCUUCCCAAGCUAACACACUCCCAGCAACAUUCUGGACUGUCUACAAUAUCCUCAGGUGCCCAAAAGCAAUGAAGGCGGCAACUGAAGAAAUCAAACGGGUCUUGGAACAAACUAAUCAGAAAGUUUCAUUGAAUAACGGCUUCAUGGUCCUAAAUCGGGAGCAUCUGGAGGACAUGUGUGUCUUAGAUAGCAUUAUUAAAGAAUCAAUGAGGCUAUCCAGUGCAUCAAUGAACAUAAGAGUGGCCAAAGAGGACUUUGUUUUAAAACUAGAUGAUAUUGGGGCAUACAACAUCCGCAAAGAUGACAUUGUAGCACUUUACCCACAGACAGUACAUCUGGACCCUGAAAUUUAUGAAGAUCCCAUGACAUUCAAAUACGAUCGCUACCUGGAUGAAAAUGGGAAAGAAAAGACCAACUUUUACCUGAGAGGAAAGAAACUAAAGUAUUACUACAUACCGUUUGGGUCAGGAAAAACCAAGUGCCCUGGCCGUCAGUUUGCAGUCUAUGAGAUCAAGCAGUUAAUUAUCUUGUUGCUUUCCUACCUUGACAUGGAGAUUGUUGAUAAAACUUCCAAGACCCCACCACUGGAUGAAUCCCGAGCAGGCCUGGGAAUUCUGCAGCCAACUUAUGAUGUAGAUUUUAGAUAUCGAUUAAAAGUCUUCUAA